ACUAGCCGAGAGAAGAAGGCAAGAUUGUUUUGCUAUUCUGUGUGGACUACCGUGCGUUUUGGCCGGAGGUUAUUCCACGUUUAUUUAUCACACAAGACCGUUGUGCCUAAAAUCCUAAAUAACGCACAGAAACAUCCUCCUUAAAUCAAAAAUGACAUACAGGAGAGACCGCAACAUACGGGAGGUGUAUGAGGACCGGUUCUUAAAUGAGAGACCAGGGCCAUCAUAUCCACGAGCUGGUGGAGCAGUGGACAGGAGGGGCCCCUUUGGCAGGCCAGAAGAUGACUACAACCGAUACGAUUACGAAGGAGGGCCCCGCUUUUUCCCUAAUGGUGGUGGCCCCCGAAAUUACCAUGAAGAUCAGAGGGGCUUCCACGGCGACAACGCUCAUUUCCCUGGCGAACGCCGAGCCGCCCCUCCACCUUCAAGAAGGGAGGAGUUUCCUUACAGAGGACCCAGGGAGGAGCCUCACACAGGAGGAAGGCCUAUGGAGUUUAGUGCCCGAGCUCCACCUCCUCAUAACAUACGAAAUCAGGGCAUCUACCCAGCACCUAGAUCGCUUCCAGAGAGCGGAGAAGACACACUAGUGCAGGCCAUUCUCAACCUGGAUAGAGGAGAGGAGAGAGACCAUUACAGAAGAAAAGCUGCUCCCUUCCCUCCACUCAGAGAACGCUCUCCGGUUCGCCGUGAGGCGGCCCGCUCCCCUCACAGCCGCUCAGGCUCCAGCGUCAGUAGCAGAGGCUACUCACCCGACAGAGCCAAGGGCCUGCCAUUUCCCUCACAGCAAGGCAAGAGUUCAGAUGGUCCAGAGGGUCACGCGGGUGCUACUGAGCACCUCUGGGGGUCGCUCUUUACUCAACAGAGUGGACAUGACACUUUGGGAUAUGAAGAGUCUUAUUCUCAGAGCAAGAUGACCGACAAAAUUCCUGGUCUGUCAAGAGAAGGCUCGCCACACAGUGCGGUAUCAAUCAAGGAGGAGAACCACCCGCCAGAAGCGGAAAAGGAGGAGCUGCCCGUAGUAGCUCCUUUUGUGGAGGAGGAGUCUAGCCAGAAGCCGACAGAAAGUUUCCAAGAGAGACGAGCCCUGGCCAUUGCAGCUAAAGCCCUGGAGAUUGAGAAGAUGUACCGCCAGGACUGCGACACGUUUGGCAUUGUGGUGAAGAUGCUGGUCGCGAAAGACCCCAACCUGGAGAAGCAGCUGCAGGUUCCCCUCAGGGAGAACCUCGGAGAGAUCCGCGAGCGCUGCCUCGAGGACCUCAAACUCUUCAUUUGCGAGCUGGACGACGUGGUCCGGCAGACGGAGCCCUCCGUCUGUGACUCAACCACUGCGUCCACAUCCUUGGCAGGUCAUAAACUCUCAAAGACGACAGUGAACCACAGCUCCUCUUACUGACACGUUUGGCCCGUCCCACUCCCGUCAACACAAGACUGAAGGUGGUAGAACCGCCGGACUUAACAGCCGGACAUCUUUUGAUAAACUUAAGAAACGCUGGACUGUGAAGGCAAUUCGACGGCACGGCAAUUUGAAGAAAAUCUCGGCAUGAAGAGAAUUAUCUGUGGGAAUUAUCAGUGUUAGUUUUGAUCAGAGCAUUUUUUCACUGUCAGGUUCUCCGUGUAAAGGUGUUCAAUGUUAAAAUAAGUCAACAAUACAUUUUGUUUAUUUAAAAAGUGACUUUUCUCAUGGCACAGUGGUUAAAAAUGGUUAAUAUGGGUAUGAUGUUCUUUCAUCGGAUUUUUUUUUUCUCUUUUGUUUGUAAGAAAAUCCAGACGAGAUUGAUUUGUUUUGUAAUAUAUGUGUUUUUCUCAAACAAAUAUGACUUGAUGCUGCUAACUUUGCAACAGUUCAACAUCCUUGUAUAAAUUCGUACUGUCAAGAAACGCCAGGUUGUCUCAGUUUGCUUUUCACAGUUUAUAUCCUUCAUAAAAAAAACGUGCACAAAGCUUUUUUUAAUAUUAUUAUUAUUUUUGAUUACAUGGAGACCGAGCUUUGCACAAAUAAAUGUCUCUGAAGGUUUUAGUACACA